CAGUUCCUCGCCCAAGGCCUCGUUUCAUCUCCCCCAGCUGCGCCCACACUCCCUGAUUCGUUCAAUGGUUGAUCCUUGGGCCUCACGCCCACAGCAGCAAGAGUUACUAGUAGCAGCCCCGUUGACUCGCCGUCUCCUCCCCCCACACACACCCAGCAGCGUAGCCCCAUUUGAGCCUCACGCCCACAGCAGCAGUAGCCCCAUUGACCCCGCCAGCGAUCUCUCACACGCGCCGGCGUGCUCAAACACGCGCCGGCGAUCUCUCACACGCGCCGGCGUGCUCGCACCCGUUCCUUGCAUGUCCGGCGGACGGGCCGGUGAGCAGCACGAGCCCCAUAGUGCGACAGUAGUCGUCAGUAGUUGUCGGAAGUAGCGGUUUCCGACAGCAGGAGUAUCAGUUAGGGAGUCUUGACCAUUGAGCACCGCAGCAUGCGCCGGCUGCGGCGCUCCAGCCUCAACUGCCCGCCCACCUGGGCUCCAGCGGCUGUGGCGGCGGCGGCGGUGGCGGCGGUGAGCCGCCAGCGCAUGGCAUGGCGUGAGCGGCGGCGUGGGCAGCACGCGGCUGUGCUGCCACUCGCAUGGUGCCUCGCCGCCCUUGCCGCCUCGCCCCUCGCGACGAUGGUCAACGCCGUGCCUUUCGACGCCAGUCAAGUGCAAUUCCUGCAGGUCUGCCAGUGGGUAUGGGGGCACACCUUCCAUGGGUGGAGUGCCACCAAUCCCAACUGUAGCACUGCUACCAGAAUCAAAUGCGACAGCAGCGGGAUGAUCGUGGAGAUAGAUAUGACUUCCUAUCGGCUCGCUGGCUCAAUCCCCGCUGCAAUCAGCUCUCUUGCAAACCUUAGAAGCCUAGACCUUGGAGCAUGCCAACUCAAUGAGUCAAUCCCCGCUGAAAUCGGCUCUCUGACGAACCUUGAGUACCUGAGUCUAAACAACAACAAGCUCACGGGCUCCAUUCCAGAGACCCUUGGCUCAUUAACAUCACUGAAGUAUCUAGAUCUUGGAAAUCAUCAAGUCACUUAUCUGAUCGUCGCUGCAGUGAUGAGUGACUUUACACGCCAUUUUUUUAAUCAGAAUCAGCUCACUGGCUCAAUCCCUGCUGCAAUCGGCUCUCUUGAAAACCUUACAUUUCUAGACCUUAGAGGAAAUCAACUCACUGGCUCAAUCCCCACAGCAAUCGGCUCUCUUGCCAACCUUAAAUCCCUACAUCUUGAAUAUAAUGAGCUCACUGGCUCAAUCCCCGCUGCAAUCAGCUCUCUUACUCGGCUUGAGAACCUACAGCUUGACUAUAAUUAUCUCACUGGCUCAAUCCCUGCUGCAAUUGGCUCCCUCACACAGCUUGUGAUCCUCAAUUUAGAGCAGAACCAGCUGGAAGGCAACAUACCAGAAGGAGUAUUUUCACUCUUGUCUCUUGAGGAUUUGUAUCUUGGCGUGAACAAGCUCACAGGACCUAUUUCUUCAUCAAUCAGCAAUCUGUCCUCGCUUAGAUCAUUGAAGCUUCAAGCUAAUCGCCUUAACGGAACGAUCCCUUAUACAAUUGGUGGACUUGUUCGUUUAAUACACCUGCACCUCUCCUUCAACCUGCUAUAUGGAAGCAUACCCUCCACACUCACCGAACUGAAAAGCCUGAAAGAGUGUGAUCUCUCGCACAACUACCUCACAGGCCCACUUGUGAAGCUUCCACCAAUCAAAGUGGGCCUUUCAAACAACUACUUGACGGGUCUUUUGCAUAAAUCAGACUGCCUCAAACCUUUCGAAGUCAACACUCGCUUUGCCAACUGCUUCACCCUGCCGAAGGGCUGUAAUGCCAGGUUUCAACAGCAACGGCCUGCAGAAGAUUGUGCAGCGUUUUGUGGUGUCUCCAGCACUCCUGGUGCUUGUGGUGGUCGUGGCACGUGCUACCCCGACGGACCCAGCUUGGUGCCAACGUGCUUGUGUAAACCAGGAUUCGUGUCCUUUGGAAUAGGCAUGAGCAAACGGCCCGGACGGGCCGGGCCGGCUCGGACCGGACCGGAAUUUUCCCGGGCCGGGCCGACACUCUGAAGGGUUCCGGCCCGUUCGGGCCGGUCCGGGUAUGGCCCGCCGGGCCGGGCCGGGCCGCCGGCCCGACGAGGUCAUUCAAGACGGGCCGGCGUCGUCAGGCUGGUUGGCCCGAAUUCGGCCCGUU